AUGUCCACCAAAACUACUCCAAUACCCGUUUCUUCAUUCUUACGAACUGCCCUAGAAUCCAUUAAUUCUCCGCGAUUAACACAUGUUAAAAAUUUUAUAUUCAUUUUAGUAGUAUAUCGCUAUGUAAGAAUUCUUUUAAACAAGCUUGCAGUUCAAGGCGUUCGCCGUACCCUUGGUGACAUUUAUAAGGUUAUUGGUGGCACCAUAUUGAAGAUCGUAAUGAAUGCUCCAGUUACAAAUAAAAUGAUUCGAGCCGAUAUAAAUAAAACCAUUAAGGAGAUUGAAGAAAAAAUUGCUCCAAAAGAAGGAUUACCACGUUAUCUUUCCCUACCCGAUGUUGGAUUUGAUGAUCAACAACUUAGAGAAGAAUUAAAAAGAUAUCAAGACAUGGGAAGUGUGAAUUGGGAAGAGGGUCGUGUGUCUGGCACUGUCUAUAAUGGAAACCGUGAACUUUCGAAGCUGACAUCUGAAGCAUAUGCCAUGUUUUCUACAAGCAACCCAUUGCAUCCUGACGUAUUUCCCGGAAUACGUAAGAUGGAUGCGGAAAUUGUUUCUAUGGUGUUAGACUUAUAUAAUGCCCCAAAAGAUGAGGCAGGUGGCACUACUACUUCUGGUGGUACUGAAAGUAUAAUUAUGGCAUGCAAAGCUUAUCGAGAUUGGGCAAGAUGCGAAAAAGGAAUAACAGAACCGGAAAUGAUUGUACCGGAUACCAUUCAUGCAGCCUUUGAUAAAGCUUCAAGUUAUUUAAACAUCAAAAUGAUUCAUGUUCCAAUUGACCCAGUCACAUUAAGAGCUGAUACUAAAGCCGUGAACAGUGCAAUCAACAAAAACACAAUCAUGAUUGCAGGGUCCGCACCAAACUAUCCUCACGGUAUUAUUGAUGAUAUUCCUACUUUAGCAGGAAUUGCUGAUAAAUACAAUAUUGGAAUGCACGUUGAUUGUUGUUUGGGCAGUUUCUUAGUACCAUUUUUAGAGGAAGCAGGAUUUCCUGCCCAACCUUUUGAUUUCAGAAUAAAAGGUGUUACUUCAAUUUCAUGCGAUACACAUAAGUAUGGAUUUGCGCCGAAAGGUUCAUCUGUAAUUAUGUAUCGUACGAAGGCUUUGCGCAGAUAUCAGUAUUUCUUUGCACCUGAUUGGACGGGCGGAAUUUAUGCUUCACCUUCACUGGCGGGUUCACGUUCUGGUGCAAUCCUUGCUGCUUGUUGGGCAGCUAUGAUGAGGAUGGGUAAAAACGGAUAUAUCGAAUCAACAAGGAAAAUAGUGGGAUGUGCAAAAAAGAUUGAAGAGGGUAUCCGUAAAAUAGAUGAUUUAUUUGUUUAUGGCAAGCCACUAGUAUCAGUAGUAGCAUUUGGUUCAAAUACUCUCAACAUUUAUGAUAUAAAUGAUAAAAUGUCGAAAAAAGGAUGGAACCUCAAUGCAUUACAAAAUCCACCAGCGGUUCACAUCGCAUGUACGAUGUUAACAGUACCAAACGCUGAUCAAUUUGUAAAGGAUUUGAGGGAUAGUGUCAAUGAGAUUAAAUUAAAUAAAUUCAAACCAGAAAGAUCGACUGGUGACAGUGCAGCUAUUUAUGGAUUAGCUGCUACUCUACCUGAUAAAGGCAUUGUUAAUGAUAUCGCUGGUGGAUUUUUGGAUGCAUUAUACUCUGCUUAG